AUGGCGUACUGCGACAACGCCGAGAAUGACUGCACGACCUUUGCUAGCGAGACGGCAGAUUGGUUCAAGAUCGGCGAGAAGGGGUUGUUGGAAGGAAGCAUCGAGACUGGAGAGUGGUUCCAGAAGGCGUUCAAACCCCAAUUUUACCCCGAAUGCGCGCAUUUGGAAGUCACGAAUGAUGAAGAGGAAGGCUCGAUUCCCAGCGAGGAGUAUAUGGUCAAGAUUCCAGGCGUAUGGAGUAUGGAACAACCCGAGAUCAAUAUCGACAUUUAUGACCCCGAGGUCUUGGUAAAGACGGUAUACAACAUCCCGGGCCCACCUGUAUGGACUGGAAAGCCGCAGGUCGACGCGUAG